AUGCCGUAUCCACACGGAGACGGCGUCACGGAGGAUCAGCAGAAUGAUCUUGACCACCUGCCACCUGGUGAUGGUGAGGAGAAAUGGUAUAACAUGUGGCGCGUUUUGUUCCCUGGCGUUCCGGAACCGACAUCGCCAUACAUAGACAUCGAGCACUACGAAGACUACGCUGUAGAUGCCGUGUACCAGGCAAGGGGUCCCGUGUUUACCGGUGGACUUAUUGAGCUGCAGAGCAACCAGACUCUGAACGGAGACCAAGGGGAGCAAGUGAUGAAUCGCUUCUCGCAGGCUUUCGAGACGAGUUGGACGAAUCCCAAUGUGAACCCAGUCAAUCCUGUGGACGCGCCGCAAAUGAUCCAGCAGCAACAGCAGCAACAGCAGCAACAGCAUUACUCUCAUGCAGAAAGCAGUUCUCAGGCCGCAGCUCGAGCCCCGGCGCAGAACCUAGGCCCAGGUAUCCAACCACAAUGCCAGAGCCAUGCUGGAGGAAGCCAUUCCCAGGGAUUGUUCCCAUCGGCCCAGCUUUUCAUGCCGACAUGGACUCAACCAGAGGACUUGCGUCAGCCAAACCAGCAACCUGCAAGCUACACUGCAGAUGUGAAUAGCCAAUGGAACCAGGACGUGUCAUCUCAUCCCCAGCCUGGCCACCAUCACCGUCAGAAUGGAAACGGAGCGCAUCAUUCCUCUCAAAGUCAACAUCCGCAAUGGAGGCCUGCCAAUAACAUGCGUCGAACUCAGCCAAUCCGAUCAACUCCUCAUGUGAAUCACAGGUUCAAUCCAUACGGUGUUCCUCACCCUGCACAACCAUCCUGUCCGUCGUCUCCGCCGCCAGAGGGCUUCGACGCAGCGUUCUUCAACAGCGAGUUCUUCCAGAGGAUGAUGAGCGAACUUAUGGCACAGUCACAGCACGACACGCACCCUGACCAGACCUCGGCUGAUUGUUUUUCGGGGAUUCAUCAUCAACCCAUCCCACCAGCGGCUGCUGCUACGCACGACAUGCUGCAGCAACACGGCGUCGUACAUCAACCACAAACGAUGGUAUCAGAUCAAGUCUUACAUGACAUUGACCCUGACUUGCUGGGCCACAACUUCAGCGUACCUGCGCAGAACACACAACCCGCUGAGAAUGCGGGCAUCAAUUCGGCGCCGCAGGCAUCAUCAUCGCAAGUCGGUCCGGAUCCCGCCACGGCAGAUGAGCAAGAGGAAGACGCCGAUGCCUCACCAGACGAUCCCACGGACUUGUCGGACGUUGGCUCGGAUUAUUUCAACGUUCGAGGGGCGCCUUGA